CGUGUUUCUCCACUUUUAUCUUCACCUUCAACGCGGUUUUGAAGAACUUAGCAAAAAGUUACCAAUUUACAUGUGGAUACAUUUUCUAUAGGGAACAGAAACUCUUCGAUUAUCGAGCAAUAUAUUACAUUAAGACGGUUCCGAGUUUUCGAGUAGGCACGCGCAUCAGAUCCAGGGCCAACAUCCUGUGACGUAUCGCCCAUCAUGAUGCAUCCGUCGCGACAGGCGUAUGUGGAGGAAGCAGAAGAGGAUCGUGGUAUGACCUUAGAUGAGGUUCCCGUAGAUCGCGACUAUGACAUUCCCUCGGCAGCCGCCGGCAUUGCGCCCGAGAAAGCAUCAGCUAUAUUGUCCCAGUUUGAGCGGAAGAGGCGAGCAGCAACAAUGGCAGUACCUACGGAUGAUGGUCGAGUACGUGCUAGGCUACGAGAACUUGGGGAACCUAUCACACUUUUUGGCGAAGGUCCAGCAGACCGACGAGACAGAUUAAGGGAACUUUUGACUCUACAGGCGGAACAAGCACCUACAGAAUCACCAGAUGUCGCUAUGGAAGAUGCGCCAGAAGAGGACCAGGAAGACCAAGAAGAGGAAUUCUACACCACCGGGAGCGAUGAAUUGCUACGAGCGCGGCAAGAUAUUGCCCGCUUUUCCCUACCACGGGCGAAACAAAGGCUAUCUUUUCAAAAACAAGAAGCAUCGAUACCUUUACGAACGCACGUCAAAUUCCGCAAAGAGAUCAAGGAGCGCCUACAAGCAUUCGAAUUGCAAGGCAGCCAGACCGCAGGAGAUAGGAAUGUCAGUAUGACGAGAAUAUCGCCUAAUGGCGAGCUUGUUGCCGCCGGAAAUUGGGGAGGCUCUAUCAAGCUGAUCGGAAUACCGACGUUGGAGGAGAAGAUGACGUUACGGGGACAUACCAACAGAGUUAGUGGCAUCUCGUGGUUUCCUGGCGCAACCCUUCCCGAAAGUAAUGUUUCGCCAGAAUCGGUUAAUCUGGCUUCAGGAGGGGCUGAGGGCCAGGUAAACCUUUGGUCUUUAAACAAGGACACGCCGCUCGCAACACUAGAAGGACACGGUCAGCGAGUAUGUCGAGUCGAGUUUCACCCUUCAGGGCGAUAUCUCGCUUCAGCAUCAGAAGAUACUACGUGGCGCCUAUGGGAUGUAGAGUCGACAACGGAGUUACUACUACAAGAAGGCCACUCGAGAGGUGUCUUCGCUAUCAGCUUUAAUUCUGACGGCUCGCUACUGGCCAGUGCAGGCUUGGAUAGCAUCGGUAGAAUAUGGGAUUUAAGGUCUGGAAGAACAGUCAUGAUUCUAGAUGGACAUGGAGACGGGCAUAUCAAGCCUAUCCAUGGCAUCGAUUGGGGCUCAGAUGGUUAUCGAGUUUUAACCGGGUCGGCAGACGGUUGGAUCAAAUGCUGGGACGUAAGAAAAGUCCAGAGGACCGGCGGUAUUGGAGCUCAUACCAGUGCAGUUUCGGACCUCAGAUGGUACAAAGGGUUAGAUGAUCCUAUCCUAGGCACCCCUCCAGGCCUCGACGAGAAGGGAAACCAACUCCCCAAGAAAUCGAGCACGUUCUUCGUCUCCAGCGGAUUUGACCGUAAGGUUAACAUAUUUUCUGCCGAUGACUGGACUCUCAUACAGACGCUGGAAGGACAUACUGGGCCGGUUUCGAGUGUAGAUAUUAGCAGAGAUGCGAGAUGGAUUGUCAGUGGCGGACACGAUAGAACAGUUAAGUUGUGGGGUCGAAAUGAUGGAGAGAGAAUUUAGCAAAUUGUAUUAGGGGAAUGGUUGAUGACGGAAAGGAAAUACAAGUAAAGCUCGGAAGAUACCCAAUAAAAAUGAUCUUGCUGUAUAUAAUAUAUAUCGAGGAGAAAGACUCGAGAUGGUGAAUUAUGUACUGUACAGUAUAGUUUACACUGUGUGUAGAGUAUACUAUUACUGUAUCAGGUACUAACCUCAGAAUGUAUACAUAGGGG